UCGCUGCGUUCCCUCACAGAGGGCGCGGUGACAGGCAGGCGGGUUCUCUGUGUGGGGGCGGCGCAUGCGUGAAAGGCGCGCUCCCUUUUCUGCGCUGCCCUCCUCCCCCUCCUGUCAGUCGGUGGGCACCGUCCGAGCCGCCAAAAGCUUUGGGGCCCAGUUGGGCUUCCGUACCUCUCCUUCCCAACCGCCCGCUGCUUGGCUCUCAGGGCCUUUCUGUCGGCGGCGCCUUCCAUUGUCAGCCGGCCAAUGCCAUGGACUCGCCUCCGAUGCUGCACCCAGUGAAGCUCUACGUUUACGACCUGUCCAAGGGCAUGGCUCGGCGCCUCAGCCCCAUCAUGCUUGGUAAACAGCUGGAUGGCAUCUGGCACACCUCCAUAGUUGUCCACAGAGAUGAGUUCUUCUAUGGUAGCGGUGGGAUCUCCAGCUGUCUUCCUGGUGGGACGUUGCUUGGACCUCCGGACACCAUUGUAGACUUGGGGUGCACUGAAGUUUCAGAAGACCUUUUCCUGGAAUACCUGUCCUCAUUGGGGGAAUCUAUAUUCCGUGGAGAGUCUUAUAAUCUCUUUGACCAUAACUGCAAUACAUUCAGCAAUGAAGUGGCACAAUUCUUAACAGGAAGAAAGAUUCCUUCCCACAUUACUGACCUUCCAUCUGAAGUCCUUGCAACGCCCUUUGGACAAGCUUUGCGGCCUCUCCUUGAUUCCAUCCAGAUCCAGCCACCUGGAGGAAAUUCUUUCAGCAGACACAAUGGACAAAGCUAGCGGGCAUAUUGGGAAGUGCCUUGAUUCACCACGGCAUUUCUUUUUAAAACUCCGGUAUACCAGAUUCCUGUCUUUUAAUUUCAUGCCAGAGUUCACAGCAAGGUGGCAUUUAAGACUUUCUAGAAAGAGUAUUUAUGGGACUGCAUGUGACAUGAUCCUGCCAGAAAAAAUGAUGAUAAAGUCAAGUAGCAUAUUUACUUACUAAAGUUGUUUUUGUCUUGGUUCCCUUCAGAUGCUUUUGAAAUUUUCACUGCUGAGAAACUGGGAUUAGAAAGCUCAUAGCAUGACUAAGAGCAACAUGGAUGGCACAAUGUAUACUAGGUUUAGACAUCCCUUUGCCGUACUGGCUUCUUUCCAUUACCCUUUUCCCCAAUGUAUUUCUAGCAGAUGUAUCCCCAAAGUUGUGAGUUUUACAACACUAAAGUUCUGAAUACCAAGCCAAUAUUAAACUUGAAUAUUAUUUUAUAGGAAGAAAAAAGCUAAAAAUAUUCACUGUGAAAUAAUUUUAAGUAAUGCUUCUGAAAUUUGCAACGUAGUUUAGUUUGUCAAUGGGAGUAAGCUCUAUGGUAAACAUAGGAUGUAUUUCUAACUCUAGAUUAGUGACCACAAAAAACAAAAAGACCACCAUCUGUCUUUCAGUAUCUAAACUGAACCAGAGGGAGUCUUUGGACUCUUCAAGGCCAUGUGCAAUAAAUCCUGCUAUUCAUUUGUAGACAUGAAUGAAGAUACCUUUACAAAUCAGUUAGACUGGACAUCUCACUCUGAGCAGGGUCUCUGUGUUAUAAAGAAGGCAACUGUGUAUAUGGGUCUAAUAUGUCACAUACCUUCUAUCGUAGUUAUUUCCUCAAGAGGACAAAACUGAUAUAAUGGGCAGUUUAAAUUUGAGGUAGAGAAUAGGCUGCUGAUAGAAUGAGAAUUACAACUCUGGAAAUGAAUCCAAAAUCAAAAUGAAUAUCCACCAUCGGAAGUGAAAUUAGUUUAAGCAAGUGAUUCAAAAAUGAAGACUGAGCAGGUCUGUUCAAAAAAAUCUGUGUGGUGCUUGGAUCCAUUCUUACCCAAAUAGUUCAGAUCAGACACUUACUUUUGUAAACAAAAAAAGAGAUUGCCAGUCCAGGUUCAGUUUUGAAUCUUGUCUAUUUCAAAAAGUAGUGUCUUCCUUCAAAUAUCUUUACCAAAAUAUUGGAGGAGUUAUUCAAGGACAGAAACAAAAUAAUAAUAUUACUGAUUCUUGUUUACCCUUCUUUUUAGUGAGCAUGUCCAGAGAAGCACUGCAGAGCAUUGGUUGGUGCCCCCUUUGAUACUAGUUUGUGGAAGAAGACACCUUAAGACAGACCUUGCCACAACUGCAGCCUAAUUCAUUUUUUUGCAUAUGUUAAUUCAAUUAGCUUAGAUGUCUUGAUCCCUUUUCUUUUACAACCAGCUGAUCUCCAGUGCUUCUGAAAGAGACUGGAAAUUGUGCAGCCUUCCAAAUGUUUUGGAUAGAAAAUACCAGUAGCUCUAGCCAGCACUGCCAGUGAAAUGCUGGGAAUUGUAUUCUAGAGAGCUGCAUGAUUCUUGCCCGUUUUUAAAAGUACAAAGUAAAAAUGUCAAUUUCUUGCUCAUGCCUGGACAGAAGGCAAGAAAAUCACUUCAUGUUCAGAUAUAAUAUUAAUACUUAACUUAUACAUACUAGUUUUAAAUACUGAAAUUUUCAAAUAUAAAAUUUCAUACUCAUUAUGUAAGCAGUUUACAAUCUGGAAGUCCGCCGUUCUUUUAGGUUGAAGCACUAAUCAUGGAUGUGGAUACUGUACCUCCUGCCCCUUAGCCUGCCCUUCCUUUCCCCUUAUGAAAUAAACCUAGAAUAUUCCUUGCUAUAGCAAAGAGGAAGAAAUGAUAUAAGGGCAAAGGAAUAUAAUAGGAGGUAGUGCUGCUACCUCAUCCUCUCUUCCUACCAUCAAAACCUGUGGACAGAAUCUGUAGUUGAGAAUUUGGCAGCUGGAUAUUAUUCCUUUCUGAUAGCCAGCAAAAAAGGAAUAUGGAUAAAGAUUGAAGUGAAUCUGGUUUUGAAUGUGUUUUUCACGAUGACAUCUUCUGCUUGUAGAAACACCCCUGCCUCCUCUUUUCCCCUUAACUAGAUUUCAUGUGGAUUUUUAUGGUGGGGAAGAGAUCAGCAGGUACAAAGUAAUGUAAUAUCUUUAUAUAAUUAUCCUGCUGAAGUUUGUAAAAGCACUGAAUGACUGGCUUAAUAAUUAUUUCCUUCUAUUUCUUACAGCCACGUCAACAUUUUAUAUAUUUACUUUUUUCAGAUCUGCUGAACUUAAAAGGAUCUACUUUCUAGUAAACAUUUAGGAUUGCAGCUAUAGAAAUGCCAGUUGGUUGAUUUUUACUUACAUAUACCAUCUGAAACAUUCCUUCUGUCUGUUUUUCUGUGUGCAAACUUUCUUCAGCCGAUUAAUACAUCUGCUCAGCUGGAGGAAUGGAAAAAGCCCUGGAACUUACUUGACCAUGUUUCUUAGCACUUUCCUUUUCACAAUUUUUAGAAAGUGCAAUAUGAUCCUAUCCAUGUUUAUACAGAAGUGAGUCUUGCUGAUUUCAGUGGGCCUUACUUCCAAGGAAGUGUACACAGGAUUGCAGUCACAGCAUUUUCAUUUUCACUGAAGGGAGAAUUUGCCUCUUGCAUUGGGCAAUUUGAUCUGUCCUCCUACUAUUAAUGAGUCGUUUACUAUUCCUAUGAUAGGAAAGAGCUCUGUAUUCAUUAUGUGCAAUAACAAUUAGAGCCCAUGUAUUAUGGGGCAUCUUAGAAGAAGUGGCAUUUCUAGACUGGCUCUCUGUUCAAGGGCACAAAUUACCUAAUGAUUACAUCCCUUACCUUUUAACUUAUGAUAGUAAAGAGUCCUGUUUUGAAGAGAUUGGAAAGGAUGUUCAUCUAUACAUCCAGCACUACACUCAGUCCCAUGUAUUUAUAAGUAUGUACAAGUAUAAGACAUGUAUAUGUAUGUAAAUUGAUGCAUUUCCAACCUAAAGUGGCUGACAAUAGGCAGGGGAACUUGAAAGCCCUUUUGUGAGAGCAGAGGCUUAGCCCAAAUGGUAAGUCUGUCACUUCUGGGGGAUUCCCUUUUCCCUGUUUUAUAAUUAAAAUAAAAUCUUUACCAAAACCUGA